AUGAAUAACCAGAAUCAAGUAAAUAAACUUCGAAGGUGCUAUAAAUGUGGUCAAGAAGGGCAUAUUGCUCGCAAUUGUCCUGCCAGAACUCUGCAUCAACAACCCACCAAUCAAAGAAAUAAGAUAAUGAAUAAUGAAGCCGGUAACCUUAAAAUAAAGGGUAUGAAUGUGUGUUAUUUUGAGAUUAAUGACAUAGUAAAAGGUGAAGUAGAGGAUGAACAUGAAAUGCCUUCAUGGGCACAGAAAAACCUUAAAGAAGCUUCAUUUGUGGUAUUAAUCAUUCCUAAAGCUUGGGUGAACCUGUCAGAAAAGAAUGACGAUUAUGAUAAUAAAACUGACACAGAGGACAUAAUGACUAUGCGAAGAAUAGAGAUAGAUGAAAACGUACUAUAUAAUAAUAAUGAAGAAUGGAGAAGCAUUGUACAGAAAGCUAAUAAUUUGAAUUGA